ACCCCAUUUUCACUAGCCCUUAGCUCUACGUUUGCCCCUUCCCCGGUACCGUUAAAUACCGGGAUAUGAGCCGGAAGAGGCAUCGUCUGGCACCAGAGACCUUUGGACUGAAGAGGCGACGGGAGCGAGGGCCUGUGGAAGUGGAUCCUCUGAGGGGCGAGUCGGGCUCGGCGCGCGCGGCAGUCGCGGAGCUAGUGCAGCUGUUUCCGCGAGGCCUGUUCGAGGAUACGCUGCCGCCCAUCGCGCUGAGGAGCCAGGUCUACAGCCUCGUGCCUGACCGGACGGUGGCCGACCGGCAGCUGAAGGAGCUUCAAGAGCAGGGAGAGAUCAGAAUCAUCCAGCUGGGUUUUGACUUGGAUGCCCAUGGAAUUAUCUUCACCGAAGACUACAGGACCAGAGUCCUCAAGGCCUGUGAUGGUCGACCAUAUGCUGGGGCAGUGCAGAAGUUUUUGGCCUCAGUGCUUCCAGCCUGUGGGGACCUUAGUUUCCAGCAGGACCAAAUGACACAGACCUUUGGCUUCAGGGACCCAGAGAUCACGUGAGACUUAGAGGAUCAACAAAGU